ACAUGUCUGGAAUGCAUUUCUAUUGCAUUAAAACAGUUGAAUUUAAAAUCUUCUCCUGUCCUUUUCCCACAAACGUCUGGAUGUUGAAGAAAUACAAGAAUCUUCCUUUGUGGAUUUUUUGGUUCACUUCUUGGCCAGAGGCGUUACUGUAGGAUGAAGCGCUGUGGGCGAAUUGCAUGCCUACACAGUAGAUGGCAGUGUGAUCCAUCCAUCUUUGGUGUGUCACUUCCUUCAAGCCCUGAGCCAGAAGAAAACAGCAGCAAGCGCAGACAAUCCUGGGAUUCUUGUUUGGGGUAUUUGAUUCCCUUAUUAUCCGUCAAUGACAAUUGUUGUCAUAACAGCCAAGGAUAAUGGCCAAUAAGAAGAAAGUAAUAGUGACAGGUUUUGAGCCUUUUGGAAAGCAUGCAGUGAACUCCAGCUGGGUGGCAGUACAGGAACUGGAGCGUUUGGGCCUGGGUGAAGCAGUGGACCUUCAUGUGUGUGAGGUUCCUGUGGAGUACCAGGCUGUUCAGGGCCUGCUGCCAUCUCUGUGGCGAGAGCACCAGCCACAGCUGGUGGUCCAUGUUGGUGUUUCUGGGUUAGCCACCACUGUCACGCUGGAGCAGUGCGGCCACAACAACGGUUACAAACGCCUGGACAACUGCGGCUUCUGCCCAGCUUCCCAGUGCUGCAUGGACGGCGGCCCCGACUGCAUGCACUCGGUCCUGGACAUGGACGCGGUCUGCCAAAGGGUCAACGACUCCGGCCUCGGGGUCACUAUUUCUGUGUCUAAGGAUGCUGGAAGGUACCUGUGUGACUACACCUACUACACCUCUCUGUACUUGGGGCGGGGUCACUGUGCCUUCAUCCAUGUGCCUCCACUUGGAAAACCUUACAGCAGCCAGGACCUGGGCAGAGCUCUUCAGGCCGCUAUACAAGAGAUGCUGAAAUUGCUGGAACUGGAUCCCAAACACGACACGCACUGUAAUCACAAACAUCAACACCAGCAUGAGCACUUCUGAGUGCAGGGAGAGCCGACCAAAGAUAGUCAGUUAGCUCCAGAAAUGGACAGCAUGUUGCUCACGCUUGUUGUCAAAUGCAGGAGACUGAAUUGGGUGCUUUUAACUGUGUCAUCAAAGUUUUAGACCUUGUGUUGUAUCUCUACAAGUUUUGUCAUGUUAGAGGAGGGGUUUAUGUAAUAUCUAAUAGGCUGUAUCUGAAUAAUGUCACAAUUAAUAAGGUCGUAGUUGAAACUACAAGUUAUAUAAGGUGAAACAUCGAAAACAUCUAUGUCACAUCCUUUCGCUCGUCAGUCUGUACGCUCACUGUUUUUGAGUUUUUCAUUUUGAUCUAUGAUUUAUGCUGCCAUUCCCUUGCGUUGUUUAUUUGUACCAGAUAAUUGUAAUUACUUUGAAAUGACAGGAACAUGAAGACAUUUACAGAUUUACACUUAUAAAAUUGUGUUUGUCUCAGGGAAUAUGUUGCACACACAAUCAAUGUAAGAAAUUUGAUCUACUGAAUGUGUCUGUUCUUUGAAUGUACUGAUGCUAUACAAGAAAAAGCUAGCUCAAAGCUGUCUAUAAUUAAAACACGUAUUAAAACACAUAUUCUUUUAUUUGCCCUGUGAAAUCUUGAGACAUAUUGCUUGCACCUGUGCUGCUGAUACUUUGCCUAUAUAUCAGUCCCCAUGAAUCUAUACUGAUUUUUUUUAGGUAUAAGAGAGAAUGAAUACAUUCACUGAUUAUUCAGUCAAUUUUGUCUUAUACUAAAGAGAGAAUUGACCGAGUCUGUUUGUUGAUCUUUCUCUUGGCUAUUC